AUGAGUGGAGUAACCGUACAAAAUAGUCAAAAGUUUCAAAUUUCGAUAGACGGAUGUCGUAACGUAAAGCUACAAGGACUGAAGGUAUCAGCUCCAGGAGAUAGUCCCAACACAGAUGGAAUUCAUGUAAAAUUAUCAUCAGGAAUUAGUAUUAUGAAAUCACAAAUUGGUACUGGAGACGAUUGUAUAUCCAUUGGCCCUGGAAAUUCUAACUUAUGGAUUGAAGGCAUUGCUUGUGGCCCUGGCCAUGGAAUAAGCAUUGGAAGCUUAGGCUGGAAAAAGCAAGAGUCAGGAGUCCAAAAUGUGACAAUUAAGACUGUGACUUUCAGUGGAACAACAAAUGGUGUGAGAGUUAAAACUUGGGCAAGGCCUAGCAAUGGCUUUGUUAGAAAUGUUCUGUUUCAACAUAUUGUUAUGGUUAAUGUUAAAAAUCCAAUCAUCAUAGAUCAAAAUUAUUGCCCUAACCAUCAAAGUUGUCCUCAUAAGGGCUCAGGCGUAAAGAUAAGUGAUGUAACAUAUCAAGAUAUACACGGAACAUCGGCUACAAAAGUUGCAGUGAAAAUUGAUUGCAGCAAAAGAAAUCCAUGUAGCGGCAUAACACUUGAAGAUUUGAAUCUUAGUUACAAUGAUCAUCCGACUAAAGCUUCAUGUAUUAAUGUUAGCGGAAGAGUUUCUGGUUUACAAAAACCUGACAAUUGCUUAUAA